AUGGCCAGUGCAGAGCCCUCACUGUUCACGUCCCUCAGCCCCAGCCCUGGUUUUGGAGAUGAUGAACUGGACCUAGAGUGCUGGUUUAAUGAGGACUUCAAGUUCAUCCUGCUGCCUGUGAGCUACACAGUUGUCUUUGUGCUGGGCCUGGGCCUCAAUGCUCCAACUCUCUGGCUCUUCCUCUUCCGACUCCGACCCUGGGAUGCAACAGCCACCUAUAUGUUCCACUUGGCAUUGUCAGACACCUUGUAUGUGCUGUCACUGCCUACCCUCAUCUACUAUUAUGCAGCCCGCAACCAUUGGCCCUUUGGCACCGGGCUCUGCAAGUUCAUCCGCUUCCUCUUCUAUUGGAAUCUCUACUGCAGUGUCCUCUUCCUCACCUGCAUCAGUAUGCAUCGCUACCUGGGCAUCUGCCACCCACUGAAAGCACUACGCUGGGGUCGCCCUCGUUUUGCGGCCCUUCUCUGCAUAGGAGUUUGGUUGAUGGUAGCUGGGUGCCUUGUGCCCAAUCUGUUCUUUGUCACAACCAGCAUCAAGGGGACCACCAUUCUGUGCCAUGACACCACUCGGCCUGAGCAGUUUGAUCACUACGUGCACUUCAGCUCAGCAGUCAUGGGACUGCUAUUCGGCUUGCCCUGUCUGGUCACUCUGGUAUGCUACAGUCUCAUGGUCCACCGCCUGUAUCGGCCCUUGCCAGGAUCUGCUCAGUCAUCUUCUCGUCUCCGUUCUCUCCGCACCAUCACUGUGGUCUUGGCUGUCUUUGCUGUGUGCUUUGUGCCUUUCCACAUCACCCGCACCAUUUAUUACCUGGCAAGGCUGCUGGAAGCUGACUGUCAGAUGCUGAACAUUGUCAAUGUGGCCUACAAAGUGACUCGGCCACUGGCCAGUGCCAAUAGCUGCCUAGAUCCAGUGCUCUAUCUGCUCACUGGGAACAAGUACCGACGCCAGCUCCAGCACCUCUGCAGUGGUGGCAGACCCCAGCCUCGCAUAACUGCCUCCUCUCUGGCCCUGGUAUCCCUGCCUGAGUAUGGCAGCUGCAGGUGGGUAUCCACCUCCCACAGCAGCAGCUGCCCUGCCCCUAGGGCAGAUAGAUCAUAA